CGUCAGUGACCUGUCGCGGCAGAAUGACGUCAGUGAGACGUUUACCAUCAUGGCGGCGGAAGGCUAUGAGGAGAUGAGCGGCAACGGGGAGCUCGAAGAGUCUUCAGCCUCAGCCAUGGAGGCCUCUGAGAUGGCUGCAUCGCCUCGGGCUGAAAUGGCAGAGAUGUCGGAAGAGAACGGCAGUCCCGCCGUGGCCCCCGAGGCGUCCGUGCGCCCCAACCCCGUUUCCUUCUCCAUGCCCCCUCCUGCGGAAGACGAUGAGGGGGAAAUGCCCGCGGACUUUGAGCGCCUGUGGAAGGCCGCCCACGACAAUCCUCAAGACUUCACCGGCUGGACUGACCUGCUGCAAUACUGCGAGCAAGAGAGUCACAUCACAGCGUCGCGCAGAGCGCUAGAGGCUUUCCUCACUCGUUACCCGCUCUGCUACGGCUACUGGAAGAAAUUUGCUGAUCUGGAACGCCGCGCUGGGUUCAACAACAAAGCAGAGGAGGUGUGUGUCCAGGGUCUACAGGCAAUCCCGCUGAGUGUAGAUCUGUGGAUCCACUACAUCAAUCUGCUGCUGGGAACACUGGACAUGAACCUCCCUGAGUCGCCCUCGAGGAUUCGCAGUGUGUUUGAGGAUGCGGUUGUGGCAGCAGGUCUGGACUUCCACUCAGACAGGCUGUGGGAUCUCUAUGUCGAGUGGGAAAAGGAGCAGGGGAACAUGAAGAAAGCAGUAGCAGUCCUGGACAGAGUCCUCAAAGUCCCCACCCAGCUCUACAACACCCACUAUGACAAGUUCAAAGACCAACUCAACGCUCAGGAGCCUAAGGAGGUGCUUUCCACAGAGGAAUAUGAAGAGCUGAGGACGCUGUGCCGGCAGACUCAGAAAGCAGAGCGUGCCGAACAGGCCCAAGUGGAGGGGGAGGAGCGGCCGCCAGGGGAGGAGGAGCCCGCCACACCGGAGGGCACCGACUCGGAGGAAUUGAUGCAGAAGAUUAGGGAACAAGUGCUGCUUCGCAGGGACAAAGUGUACCAAGACAACGAGGGAGAAGUCCGCAAGCGAUGGCACUUUGAAGACGCUAUCAAACGUCCUUACUUCCAUGUCAAGCCACUGGAUCGCCUCCAGCUGCGGGCUUGGCACUCCUACCUGGACUGGGAGGUCGCUGAGCUGAACAAGGACCCCAAAGACCCCCAAGACCCCCAACAAGACCAGGCUGCCACAGAGGAGCCCGAGGUCACCGCCCAGCCACAGGUGGAAUCAGAGGGCGCUGCGGUUGCCCAUGACGACACCAGGGUGCGCAUUCUCUUCGAGCGUUGCCUGAUCGCCUGCGCUCUGUAUGAGGAGUUCUGGAUCAGGUACAACCAGUACCUGGAGUCGCAGAGUGUGGACGAGGCGCGGGCUGUCUUCAAACGAGCCUGUGAGAUCCACCUGGCGUACAGACCCAACAUCCACAUGCAGUGGGCCACCUUCGAGGAGAGGCACGGGGACUUGACCGAGGCCCGGCGGGUGCUGGAGGCUCUGGAGAAAACGCUCCCGGGAUUGGCGGUGGUCCGUCUUCGCAGGGCAGCUCUAGAGAGGCGGGCAGGCCUGCUGGACCAAUCGGAGGCGCUGCUGCGUGAGGCGGUGGACGAAUCCAAAGAGAAUCCCUCGUUGCACGCUUUCUUUUCCAUCAAGCUGGCUCGGUUGCUGCUGAAGCUGGGCAGGAACCCCAGCAGAGCGCGCAGAGUCCUACAGGAGGCGCUGGAGAUCAGUCCGGAUAACGAUAAGCUGCACCUGAACCUGUUGGAGCUGGAGGUGUCGGGCGACCCCUCAGCGGAGGCGGUGCAGGAGUGUGUGACGCGAGCGCUGGCAGCUGCCCUCGCCCCACACACCAAGAUCCUCUUCUCCCAGAGACGCCUGCAGUUUGCGGAGGACUACAGCAACUCUAUUGCGAGUGUGCUGUCUGUCUACGAGGAGCACCAGCAGCUGCUGAAGGAGCUGGGCGGAACGAAGAGAGGAGCAGAGAACGGGGAUGAGGACUCAGAGAAGAUGAGCAAAAGUGACGACGGCUCGGCUGUUGCCGUGUCUGCAGAAGUGCCAGCGACGAUGGCGCAUGUCCCCAUCACGACGCCCCCUCCCCCGGUGAUUGGCUCCGACGCCAGCUCACAGGCCGCCUACGGGGGAUACAGCAGCUGGUACCAGCAGCCGCAGUACGGCAGCUACGGCAGCUACGGCAGCUACGGUUACCAGAACACCUGGAACUACAACCAAGGCUACUAUCCUCCCAGCUAGAGGGUGCCGACAGUGACUGUGACACCACAAGGCCACAGAAAAUGUUUUCGGCCCAGGACGACUCUCGGCUGAACAAACUGAAACAACCAGUCCUGGCGGUCCACCUGCUAAAAUAAUAUCCCAGCAUCCUCUCCUCCCCAUCCUUCCUCUGAGUUACCUCACUAUCCUGGAUGUGAUUAAAUAAGGGUCAGGAUUUGGGCUCUUUUUUUUUUUUGGCAUGUUGUGUCAUUUCAGUGUUGAGUCUCGAGUGACGGAUGGAAAGACGAUGAAAGGAAGCCGCUCCUUUUCUCUGCGCAUCAGUGUCUCUCCAUUUUAAUCAGAACUAUUUUUGUAUUUGUUUGCAAGCCCUUUUCUCCCAUUUUAAACUCAUCCAGUUUAUCCAACUUCACAGGUGAUGUAUGAUUGACAUUUUGUACCAUUCCAGAGUAGGAUAUUUGUUGUUUUUUCUAAUGUAUAUAAAGGUGUUUUAUAGUGUCACAACAGAACGAAUUGUGUCUGUUUACUUGUGCUUUCAUUAUGAGGGUGAAAACCAGCGGUCAGUUUGUUGUGUAAGGUUAACUACCGUUUCUUGUAUCUAAAGCAGCUUUUUCUAAAAGUAUUUUUAAAAGAGGAUUGUGAACAUCAUUGCAUUGCCUCAUCUGCGGUCAUUUUAAGAGAAUCGGGCUGUUAUGUGAAGUCCUAUAGCCAGCAGGUUUAAGAGGCUGAGAUCUUUACCUCAAUUUUAUGAAAGCUAAAAAACAGGCUCUGCUCGUUCCUUAUUUUAUAUUAAAUAUCUUGAUUCAUUUAUGGUGGCAUCAGUCAAAAGCUAAUUCUAUUGAAUUCCCAUCCAUGUAGGUUAAGAGUUAAAAUGAUUUAACUUAGACUCUAACGCUUCAGGCGCUGCUGUGUGAGUAUUAUUAUUUGGAUAAUUUGCGUGUUGAAGUGAAGACUGUCCUCAGAAACCCGCUGGCUCAACAUGUCCCACGGUCGUUUAUAACAUUGGACUCGUCAUAGCAGGAGAAGCUCAUGUAAUAUUAACGACGACUCUGUUCUGUUCACGUGCCCAAGUGAGUCGUGUCAGGCCCCUUUAAACUAAGGCAGCCAUCACCUGUGCUUUUCCUACUAUGACGGCCAAAAACGCCAAUCGUAUGUGAUGGAAUUUUAGUUCACCGUUUUAAAAUUCAUGGGGUUUUUUUUGCGUGUCGCAAACCAGUAUAGUGGGGAUGCGUGUUGGUCUUUCUUGCAGUUUCGCAUGGUUCAAUAAAAUGCUUCAUUUCUUUGUAUGUAAAAUAAUUUCCCAUAGCAACUGCGAUUUGUAGUUUCUACUAGAAGUAAAUGCCUCACUUCGGGACUGUUAAGCCCUAGUUUGGUUCUGUAGUAACUAUUCACAGCAUGAAGGAACAUGUAGUU